GGGGAUGGGAGCUCCUUCAGAACAUUAGCUGGGGGACAUCAUAAGCGGUGGCCCAUUAGCCCCCGCGGCGCGUGCUCUCUCUCUCUCUCUCUCUCUCUCAACCUAUUUUCAAUCCAUUUUCAAAACAAUCCGGCCAGGCCUGAGCUGCUCAAUCUAUUUUCAAGUGGACGUUCCGAUCUACCUCACCUCCGUCGCUAUCAAUGCACAACCAAAUCUCAGCGCUCUCUAGGGUUCCUUAAGCCGCUCACACCACCUAAGAUUACUUACUGUUCAGGUUCCUGCUUCAAAGCCUUUGAGCUGCACCUUCUGCAAUGCAUCUCCCAUUCAGUCAUCCCCUACGUACCCACAUCCAUCGAACGCUUCUAGGGUUUUGAUUCAGUCCAUUCGAGUUCCACCUUGACUAUGGAACUUCCCUUUCACUCUCUGCAGUGUCCGUGUUUCAUUAUACUGAUUGGUUGACUCAACAAUCGAUAAUUGAGCUCAGUAGCUUUGUAGAUUCAAUGUCCGGACCCCCUCGAGUCCGUUCGAUCAAUGUCUCCGAAUCCGAGCACCGUCCGAUCCUCGGACCGGCGGGGAACAAAGCUCGAUCGGUUGACACGCGAAAACCCAUUUCGAAGCCUCAAAGGAAAGUGGAGAAACCACGAGAAGUUGCGGCCAAAGAGAAGCAAUCGCCUGUUGCGGCGGCAUAUCCCUCGCCGUCGCCGGCGCAAUGCGGUAGUGCGCCGUCAAUUUUGAGGCAUCUGGACCAGCUCUCGCGAACCAAUUUGUCGUUAAGCGCGUCGUGCUCGUCUGAUGCAUCAUCUGAUUCGUCGCAUAGUCGGGCGUCGACCAGGCGGUUGGUGCGGCAGCAUAGUGACCCGGCGAGGAAGAAGCAAUGUGGGUCAAAGACAGAGAAGGUUGAAAAGGGCGGUUGUGAUAGCGUGUUAGCGGCUUCAGAUGAUGCUUCGACGGUGAAGAAAAGGUGUGCUUGGGUGACGCCGAAUACUGAUCCAUGUUAUGCUGCUUUCCACGACGAAGAAUGGGGAGCUCCGGCCCACGAUGACAAGAAACUGUUUGAACUUCUUAGUUUCUCUGGUGCUUUGGCAGAACUUUCGUGGCCUGUGAUUCUCAACAAAAGGCAUAUAUUCAGGGAGGUUUUUUGGGACUUUGACCCAGUUGCUGUUUCAAAACUUAAUGAGAAAAAGAUAGCUGUGCCUGGAAGCUCCGCCAGCUCUUUGCUGUCAGAGCUAAAGCUGCGAGCCAUUAUAGAAAAUGCCCGUCAUGUGUGCAAGAUUAUGGAUGAGUUUGGUUCCUUCGACAAAUAUAUUUGGGGGUUUGUAAAUCAGAAGCCUAUCGUCAGUCGAUUUCGGUAUCCUCGCCAGGUUCCAGUCAAGACUGCAAAAGCAGAUUUGGUAAGCAAAGACCUGGUCAGAAGAGGGUUCCGUAGUGUGAGCCCCACCGUGGUUUAUUCAUUCAUGCAAGCUGCUGGAAUUACAAAUGAUCAUCUCAUCGGCUGCUUCAGAUUCGAGGAGUGUGUAUUGGGAGCAGACGAAGGAGAAAAGCCUGACGUCUGCAAAGCUAAGGUGGAAAAAGAGAAACAACCUGAGAACAUGACUGAUCUGGGACUAGCAAAGGCUAUGGACGACUUGAGUUUCUCAUCGGAGUAACUAGCAAGUCAGGUCCCCUGCGGACAGGUCGAAAUGCACUCACUCACUCGGUGGGUGAGUGGGCGGGCGGGCGGGCGGUUACUCUUCCAUGAAGUUGGCUGCUCGUGGCGGGGCCAAAAUGAUGUGUACAAAUGAUUAUGAAAUGCUCUUGCGUAUUCCUUUGUAGAUCACAACAUAUGUAUUUGGCCUUUUUUGUACAGUUGAAAGGGCACCUUAAAUCAUCUUCUUUGGCCUAUAAAAUGUAAUAAUGGAACAGGAAGACCGGACUCCUCGUGCAUCUUACCACUGCGAUCUUGUUGGCCAGUGUGAUCUUGUUGACCAUGGUCGAUAAAAAAUGCAUCUCAUUAGUUAUUGUA